AUGUCGGAAUCAGGAGAAGCCGGUUACAGGGGAACCCGGGAGCAGGAGAAGCCUGUGAGGCCGGCCGGUGGGCUCCUCAACCAACUGUUAACCGACAACCGAGCCCGCGCACGGCAGAGGCCGGCUCGUCAGGACAGAACCGUCGGUCCUCGGCACUAUCGAAAGGACAUUAUGGUUGAUUCGGACGGGAAUAUCGAUGAUCGGGAGAAACUUAUCGCUGCCCUCGAAGGCCUCGAUGGAGACUGCGAAGAAGUUCGAGAAACGAAACAUGGCGAAAACUCGAAAACGCAUUCCUUGGUACCCAGGCCUUAUGUGCAUAAAACCACCGGGCUCGCACUGGUCCGCACGAACUACUACAUUCGAAAAUCCAGCAACCGAGAAACGAGACCGAUGGAGAAACAAAAGCCGUUCCAAGCCCUCAAUGCCAAGUUCCAUGCGCAGAGCUACGUGAAGAACAUCCGCCAGCUGCCGAAGAACAAGCACUUUGUCAUGUUCUUUGUCUGGAUCGACUUGCUGGUUGACUGCUUGAUGUGCAUUGCGUACAUCGAUCAGAUAUCCGUGUCUGCCCCUCUCACGGAUGUCUCGCCAUCAUGGCUGUUCUUUUCGCGCCCGAGAUGGUUGUGGGUUGCAUUAGUGGUGUGCAGCGUGUACAACCUGGGAUCCUUCUUGACGCGCAUUGUCGGCACGGCAGAGAAACGAAAAGCGCUGUUCUCCGUGGAGCCAUUACUCGACCUGUUGACGGCUGUGCCAUUCAUAGUGAGCUUGUUUCUCCCCAAUGGCCAAAACCUUUACGUGCCAUACUUCUUACGGGUUUGGUACGUCCGUUGGCGUGCUCUCCGAGUGCUAGGAGCACACGCUUCCAUCGAUUCAGAUAGCGGCGCCGUGGCGAUCAAUCCCGUUCGGCAACAGUUGACAAACCUUUUCGUUCUCAUUCUGGCGCUCCUCUUCUCGAUGAUGUGCGCGUUCCAGUGGGCUGAGCUGGCCUUCGCCGGUACAACCUACACAGCCAUCGACGUUCUGUAUUUCUCAUUCGUGACCGCUUCCACCAUCGGUUAUGGAGAUAUAUCACCGUCUCACUGGGUAUCGAGGCUGAUUACGAUUGCCUUCAUUGUGCUUAUCCUCACACUGAUUCCCGGUCUCAUCGGCGACUUCUUGGAGGCGUGGCGACUGAAUCAGGACAGUAGUAAGACCUAUGUACCUGGCCGGAAUCAGCAUAUUAUUCUCAUCGGGAACUUUACCAACGCCAAUCGUGUUCAAGACCUUCUAAACGGUUUCCUUGACAUACGAAACAACAACUCAACCGACACGCACCUCAUUUUAGUUGGCUCAAAGGAAGCGCCGCGAGCGGUCGAAUCUCUGUUGACCCUCCCCUUCUACAAAUCAUGCACGACCUAUAUUCAGGGAACGCCGUUGAAUGAAAGCGAUUUUAGACGGAUGAAAUCGAAAGACGCCGCCGCGGCUUUCGUUCUCGCACAUCGAAACGCGACCGAUUGGUUCGAGGAGGACCAACACACCACCUUGGCGGCGUGGUCCUUCCAUAUCCAUAACCCAAAAGUACCAUUGUACGCCGAAGUUCUCCUUCCCGAAACCGCCGCCUUCCAACAGAUGGCGCGGGUCGUCAUCUGCGUCGAUCAAAUCAAACAAGUUCUGAUUGCCUAUAACUCGCUCUAUCCCGGAAUGUCGACCUUGAUCCUGAACCUCAUCUUCCAAUCAAACCCUUCCACUCAGUGCGUCUAUCCUUGGGAGUUCCAGUACUCGGACGGCCUCGCCAAUGAGAUCUACACUGAUACUGCAAACCCUAUAUUCGUGGGUCGCAGUUUUACGUGGGUCUCGUGGUAUCUGUACGUGGAGUUUCAGGUCACUCUUUUCGCCAUCAGCCCGGAACCUUCGUCAGCUACCGAUGCGGUCCCAGAACACGGGCGAAACACCCUACCGUCGUGGAACAACGAGCGCGAGUACGCUGCCGGUUCUUUACUGUUGAACCCUGGACGGAACUACAAGAUCCAGAAAGGCGAUGUAUGUUAUUACAUUGCCAAUGUUCGAGAAGAAGUCGACAGAAUAGGGAGAAUGACCGCGGAGAACUUGCGGAACUCCUUGAGACAGUAUGGGAUCCGUGACGAGUGCCUCGAUGUGACGGUCAAUAUCGACCCGCCAGGCAACGAGGAACGCAAAAGCCAAGCCAAUACGCGGCUGAAUCAACCGUCCGCAGCUACGCUCACGGCGCCGAGUUACAACAUCAUCAAUGCUUCGGACGAUGAAAGCGACGAAGACGACCGGAACGGUGCCAUGAGAAUGAGGAAAACAUCCCAUGCGAGCAACCAGCCUGCCACUGCCACUGUAUUGAACGGCCCUCCAACUCCACCAGCUCCACCAUUGGAUGACUGCCACCCAGACCCCAUGGUACAGAUCAAGCAGGAGACCUUCCAAGGCCGACCUGAAGCACCUUACACCGCAACCGCAUCCGAGCAACCACCCGUUUGCCAUCUUCUCCGAAUUCAACGAACGAAUGUAUCUGAGUGCCUGGUGGACGACGCCACACACUUGAGGGAUCAUAUCAUCGUGUGCGCCGGCGAGCAACCACUCUUCCGCUUCCUCUGCACCCUCCGGUCUGUCUCCCUAUCGUCACAGCAUAUCCGCGACAUCCUCAUCGUCGGGCCAAAGAAGCCCUCAGACCAGGAGUUCAGCCAUAACCUCGCCGUGUUCCCAGGAAUAUACUACAUGGUAGCCGACUGUCGCCGCCGCGACGACAUGCUCCGCACCGGCAUCGAGUAUGCGCGAACGAUCUGCAUCCUCUCCAAGCCGGAAAACGCGUUCGCCAACAACCCGGCGCAGAGCCGGUCUUCGGACACAACCUCUGACGACCUCACCACGUCCUUCGCCGACAGCGCGGCCGUGAUGACGACCCACGUUGUCCACCAGAUCCUGGCAUCGUGCGGUGUGCCCGUAAACACCCACGCGCAGGACAUAGUAGGCGGAGGCGAAAACGGCGAUGAAUCGCAAGGCAUCGUCGGACCCGUGAAGCAGCUACACGAGAACCAGCAACAAGACGCGGCGGAGGAGACCCAGCAAGACGACACAAUCAAAAUGGGCGAGGAGAUCGAGAUUACCGAGUUGCACUCCAAACCCGUGCGGGAGACGCCGUAUGUGACUCUCGUCACGGAGUUGUUGGAUCGGAAAAAUAUCCGUUUCCUGCAUGCUUUGCAAUCCGCCGCGCCUAUCAUCGACCACCUGCAUUCACCCGUGUAUGCGGCCGGGUACACCGUCGUGUCUGCCCUCCUGGACAAUUUCGUGUAUGCGGUGUAUCAGAACCCAGCCAUCAUCGACAUCGUCAAAGCCUUCUGCGGCGAUUACAACCCCAGCAAUCUCUCCGAGCCCUUCACCCCAUCGGCCUCACAGAACGGCGGCAGCCCAACCCCAGAAUCCGAACCCGACCUCUCCGCCUCCCAACGCAGUUUCCUCAAAUUCACACCCAUCCCCAACGCAUUCAAGGGAAAAACGUACGGCGAGCUCUACCGCCACCUCGCGUUUGAGGCCGACACGGAGAAACAUGCGAAUGGGGCUGCGGUGCCUGAUGCGGAUCAUAGCAGUAUCCCUGUGGGGCUGCUCAGGCCGCCGAACCAGGCGCUGGGUAAUUCCUUGCCUUUCGUUUAUACCAACCCGGUUCCGUCGCUUGUGCUGCUGCGGGGCGAUCAGGUUGCGGUGUUGAGGAAUUAG